AUGACGGCGAUUCUGAAAUUCGCGGCUUUUGCAGUGCUCACUGUCCUUUGUUCUGCACAGUUUGGAACUGAUCAGUGCAAUCGAAUUCAAUUCACAGCUUGCAAUUCGCAACUCGGCGAUUUCUGGAGAGCUGAUACCACAACCGCGUGGAAAGAUUUGAACACUUUGGAUCGCAUCGUGACCUCUCGUUUCGUCACUCCAUACACUAUUGAUGGAUUCGUCAGUGUGUGCAACGGUUUCUCGGCAUUUUAUGGAUGUCUCGGACAAGACCAAAUCCGCAACUGCCUCGGAGUCGUCGGACAAAUCGGAUAUGGGCUCUCGUUGAAUGAUAGUUACGCUUAUAUGGGAUUCUUGGCCGAUUGGGACUUCAAAUGUGGAGCUGGAUUCUGGACGAUUUAUGAAAGAAAAGUGUUGGCUUCGUGCGUCGCGAACACCUAUGUCAAUUAUCAGCAAGAAACUGGAGCUGCUCUUGAUACCUAUCACAAAGCUUCUACCGCUUAUCCGAGCAAUGCGUGCACUUAUGCGCAAGAUUUGAUGAACUCAUUCCAGAAGAUUUAUCAAGUUGGACCAUGCCGAACUGUUAACCCUGCGCAAGCGGGAUGGUUCGGAUGCCAAUCUGCUAGAGAAUGGUCGAAUGCCCAAUUCACCCAUUGCCGACAUGUGACAAAAUGCGCAUCUCCACAAACUGAUUCAGCGUCGAGAAUCAAUAAGCAAACAGGCAAGACCGAAUAUGAAACUCUUCCCACGUUCCGCAUCGUCGACGGACGCGCUGUUCAGCAGAACGACGCCGAAUGGGUUUAG